AUGCUAAAAUGUGGGAGGAAUUUUAGCUUGUUAUCUGUGGCGGUGCAAAAGGAUGUUAUUACUGCACUAGCCCAGUUUUAUGAUCCACCACUCAGAAGUUUCCUCUGCCGAGAUUUUCAGUUGGCCCCAACUUUGGCGGAAUUCGGGAAAAUAUUGGACUCUCCUAAGCAAAAAAAGGGACCUUAUAAGGGACUGGGUCAAUUCCCAAAACCCAAGGAGCUGGCGGAGGGAUUGGACAUUUCGGUUGAAUAUUUAACUCCUAACAUCAAGAUUUUGGAAAAGGUACAAGGAAUUCCUCAAGAAUACUUAGAGAAGACUGCUCAAAUUUUUGCCAAAGCCCAGAAGUGGGAAGCCUAUGAUACUAUUAUGGCCUUUCUCAUUUUUGGAUUAGUGUUGUUUCCUAAUGUGGAAAAAUUGGUGGACGUGGCAGCUAUUAGUGUGUUUUGGGCCGUUAAGGUUAAAGAUGAAGAUCCAGUACCCGCACUUCUGGCAGAUGUUUAUCAUACCUUGCACUUACGCUUUGAGAAGAAGGGGGGAUUGAUGUUGUGUUGCAUACCGCUCCUUUACAAAUGGUUUAUUUCUCAUGUGUUUAAAGAUAUCGAUAUGGUUGAAAGGAUGGAUGGAUAUGAGCGGUCUCAAAAGCUUAUAGGACUCACAGAAAAGACCAUUAUUUGGUACCCCCAUGAUUUGAACUUGGGGAAUGCAGUUACUAGUUGUGGAGAUUUUCUGAAUGUACCACUGAUAGGGUCAAAGGGUUGCAUAAACUACAAUCCAGUCCUAGCAGUGAGGCAAUUGGGUUAUCCUAUCACAUACAAGCUAAAAGACCAUUUGUUGGAAGGCUUUGUGUUUCAUGAUAUGGAAGACCCCAUUAUGUUGAAAAAGAUCAUCCGAGCCUGGGAAAAUGUUCUUUUCAGAGAAUAA